AUGGGCUUUAGCGGUAAUUGGCAGAUUUUUUUGCAUUGCACCGCCACCCCGUUUCUUGCUUGACUGCAGAGUUCUUUGUAGUAUCUAGCUUCUGGUCACCAGCGUAGCUUGGUCCGCAGACGUAAGAAGACACAUGAGGUUGUUGUAGGAGCGGGGAAAAAAUGGCGACGAACAUCUACGAAGCUAGCUAGCUAGCACAUUGAGGACUCAAAACAUUGUCUGAGGCGCCCAUUUUCUCGGUAGGAACGUGUAAGUAGGCUAUUCAAUCUAUUCCGUAUUGGUAAAUUAUUCUACGUUUUGUAACUGUUUGCAUUGUAGCUAAAACAUUUUAGAUUUAUAAGGUGGAUCAAAUAGAGGGGUUCAGAUUCCACGCCCCUUGUUAAUUCUUGUUCGACAAGUGACCUAGAGCUGGGACGAAAAUGGUGUGAACUUGAUUGAGAGGCCAAACAGAUCGUCGGAUCAUUUUAAUUUUGUUCACAAGUUUGAUUCUAAUAACAAAUGCAGCAAGUGAUGUUUGGUCAAUCUCUGCAGUGAGUUAUCGGAGUUUGCAGUAUGUUGUUAGCCAGCCGCUAGUGGUCGCUAUAUACCUGUCUUGACGGAUCCACUAUCUUCUGGAGGACUUUAAAGGCUAGUGUACAUAUUUUCCAAGACGUUGAAAAAUCCGUAUUUUCUGGACGUCGAAAUCAUGCUCAUUUUUGGUUCUGAAUGAAAGUUGGAAAUUUUCUCUCAUUCAGUGCUGUAUGAUCCUGCCUGACAAAAAUACGUACUGUUACAUGCUGACCACACCGGCUGCGUUGCGUGCACUAGCGUUGCAAAAUAAAUGUACACAUACAUGUUAUUCCAUCGUUUCAUCCAAACUGCUUGCACGGGUCAACGGGCAUCUGCGUAGCCAGGCGCUAAAAUAGAAUUUGGCUCUAUUUUAGACGCUUGACGCGCUGCUAGUCCAGCCUCUCCCAUCGCCUCAUUGUUUUUUAGGAGCAUAUACCCACGGGGGUGAUUGAAAGAUGAACGCGCUCCACACUCCAGUCCAGUUGGUUGCAGUAAUGCACCUUAAAGUUGGUAUAAAAUCCACAGAAGAAGAAGACUGAACUACUAGAGAUUACUAGAAACAAACUAGGUUUCCUUUUAUUUGCGGAUUUUGUGUGACUCAAAAUGGGUCGAUAUUCAACAAAGAUCCAGCAAAGAAAAAGGACCUUGUACAUUUCAGGUAAAAUAACAACCCAAUGUUUAUAUUUCAGGACAAAUUAGCUAGCAACAGCAAGCUAGCUAGCUAAAUGUCCAUGAAUGUUUCAUAUGUGUCCCAAAAUGUAUAUAGUUGUUUCAGAGUUCGUUUUGAUAUUUCAACCUGCGUGUCCUGAUCGCGUCUGGUGUGAAUAGACAAACUCAACAUGCGCACAAUGGCGGACACACGCUUGGAGCCGGUUUGUCCAUCAUGUUACAUGUUUUUGAGUUUUUUUUUUAAUGUUGUUGCUAUUGUAACCUGCUCGAUGGAAAACAAGUGGGCUCAGGCAUCGGAAUUCAAAUUUCUUGGGUCCAAGGUUCCUUGAAGGAUUUUGUAUCUUUAGCCCCUACUCUUGUAAUUAAGUCCGGGGGCCAGCACAGAUUCUCUUUGGGCUCACCAUGGAUUUUGCCUCAAAUCCAAUAUGGUGUCCAAAAUCCAAUAUGACUGCCAUAUUACCAUUUGAUGGAGGUUAAAUCACAUAUAAAUAUGAAUUUUGUAGAUGAGGCAUUUUUUUUCUGAAUUGUGUACAGCACUCAUGCCCAUUCUGAAUCCCAAAUGGCCAACAUGAUGAUUACACCUUCGCCUGCCUAUAAGUUGCCCUUGUUUAUUUUGUUAUUCUGUCUUUAAAGGGUUUCAUAAGGCUCUUGGUAUAUCUAGGAAUAUAAGUGGCACUGCCAUCCCUUUGUUGUGCUUGAAUAGCUGAAGCAAAAUAGCUUAUCAAUGUGUGUUCAUGUUUAAAUCUCAUUCAACCACUCUCGAGGGUGUCUCAGGGUGCGUGUAGCCUCGGCCGAGUCCCCAGCAUCCGGAUGUUCCAGUUUUCAGGGGAAAUGGAAAGAGAGUCUGUGACCCGACUUCCACUUAUGGAUGUUAACAAGGUCACACUCCAUCUUAACUCCUCUUCUACAUUUACUGGAUUGGUUGAAGAGUGCAGAGGAGAACCUCCCCGACAGUUUUUUUCCCCUUCUCGUCAAGACCAGUAUGUAGGGGAUCUAGUUUCAGGUGUUUCUUUUACGCCUGCUAUGUUAGGUUGAGGUGCAUAUAAUACAUGUGUGAAAUACUGUAGGUCAAAUAUACUAAACCAAAAUAUAAACGCAACAAUUUCAAAGAUUUUACUGAGUUACAGUUCAUAUAAGGAAAUCAGUUAAUUUAAAGAAAUGAAUUAUUCAUUCACUAAUCUAUGGAUUUCACAUGACUGGGAAUACAGAUAUUGUUGGUCACAGAUGCCACCCCAAAAAAUAGGCAUCACAAUGGGCCUUAGGAUCUCGUCACGGUAUCUCUGUGCAUUCAAAUUGCCAUCGAUAAAAUGCAAUUGUUUUUGUUGUUCGUAGCUUAUGCCUGCCCAUACCAUAACCCCACCGCUACCAUGGGGCACUCUGUUCACAACGUUGACAUCAGCAAACCGCUCGCCCACACAACGCUAUACACGUGGUCUGCGGUUGUGAGGCUGAUUGGACAUACUGCCAAAUUCUCAAAAACGACGUUGGAUGCGGCUUAUGGUAGAGAAAUGAACAUUACAUUCUCUGGCAACAGCUCUGGCGGACAUUCCUGCAUGCCAAUUGCACGCUCCCUCAAAACUUGUGGCGCAGCAGUCUAAUACACUGCAUCGCAGUGCUGAGGCGCCACUACAGUCUCUGGUUCGAUCUCAGGCUGUGUCACAGCCGGCCCUGACCGGGAGCCCCAUGGGGCGGCGCACAAUUGGCCCAGCGUCGUCCGGGUUAGAAGAGGGUUUGGCCUGGGGGAUUGCCUUGUCUCAUCUUGCUCUGGCGACUCUUUUUGGCGGGCCUGUCGCCUUCAAGCUAACUUCGGUCGUCAGUUGGACAGUGUUUCCUCCGACACAUUGGUGCGGCUGGCUUCCGGGUUAAGCGAGCAGUGUGUCUUGGCAGGUCAUGUUUCGGAGGACGCAUGGCUCUCGACCUUCGCCUCUGAUGAGUCUGAAGGGGAGUUGCAGCAAUAAUACAAGAUUGUAACUACCAAUUGGAUAUCACAAACUUGGGGAGAAAAAGGGGGUAAAAAAUAAACUUGAGACCUGUGGCAUUGUGUUGUGUAAUAAAACUGCACAUUUUAGAGUGGCCUUUUAUUGUCCCCAGCACAAGGUGCACCUGUGUAAUGAUCAUGCUUUUUAAUCAGCUUCUUGAUAUGCCACACCUGUCAGGUGGAUGGAUUAUCUUGGCAAAGAAGAAAUACUCAUUAACCAGGAUGUAAACAAAUUUGUCGGCAACAUUUGAGAUAAAUGAGCUUUUUCUGCGAAUGGAACAUUUUGGGGAUCAUUUAUUUCAGCUCAUGAAACUUGGGACCAUCACUUUACAUGUUGCGUUUUAUAUUUUUGUUCAAUGUAUAAGCACUCACCAAAUAAUAAUAAUAAUAAUAAUAAUUAUUAUUAUUAUUAUUAUAACAAUGGGCAGUUCCGCAUGUCUUUCACGACACAAGCACAUAGUAGCGUAACCAAGUUACAGGAAAGCAACCUGUAAUACAACAAUCAGCUACUCUAGCAUACAGUGCAUUCAGAAAGUAUUCAGACCCCUUGACUUUUUCCACAUUUUGUUAUGUUACAGCCUUAUUCUAAAUUUGAUUAAAUAGUUUUUCCCCCUCAUCAAUCUACACACAAAACCCCAUAAUGACAAAGCAAAAACAACGGAAAUAUCACAUUUGCAUAAGUAUUCAGACCCUUUACUUUGUUGAAGCACCUUUGGCAACGAUUACAGCCUCGGGUCUUCUUGGGUAUGACGCUACAAGGGGUAUUGUGGGGUAUUGUGUGGAGAUUGAUUAGGAUUUAAUUUUAUCCAUUUUAGAAUAAGGCUGUAGUCAAGGGGUCUGAAUACUUUCCGAAUGCACUGUAUACUCCCGCUUGGAGUUUGUCUAAAGGACUCUCAGACCAUGAGAAACAAGAUUCUCUGGUCUGAUGAUACCAAGAUUGAACUCUUUGGCCUGAAUGCCAAGCGUCAUGUCUGGAGGAAACCUGGAACCAUCCCUACUGUGAAGCAUGGUGGUGGUAGCAUCAUGCUGUUGUGAUGUUUUUCAGUGUCAGGGACUGGGAGAUUAGUCAGGAUCGAGGGAAAGAUGAACGGAGCAAAGUACAGAGAGAUCCUUGAUGAAAACCUCAAUGUCCUUGACUGGCCCAGCCAGAGCCCGGGCUUGAACCAGAUCGAACAUCUCUGGAGAGACCUGAAAAUAGCUAUGCAGCGACGCUCCAAUCCAACCUGACAGCUUGAGAGGAUCUGCAGAGAAGAAUGGGAGAAACUCCCCAAAUACAGGUGUGCCAAGCUUGUAGCGUCAUACAAAAGAAGACUCGAAGCUGUAAUCGCUGCCAACGGUGCUUCAGCAAAGUACUGAGUAAAGGGUCUGAAUACUUAUGUAAAUGUGAUUAAAAAAAAAUAAAAAAAAUUUUUCGAUUUUUUUUUUCAUACCUUUGCAAAAAUAUAUAUAUAUUUCUUUUUUGUUUGUCAUGAUGUGGUAUUGUUUGGAGGCAGUUUGAAACUCUGUAGUGAGUAUUGCAUCCGAGGACCGACGAUUUUUACAUGCUUCAGCACUCGGCAGUCCCGUUCUGUGAACUUGAAAUAAUAUGUGUGGUCUACCACAUCGCGGCUGAGCCGUUGUUGCUCCUAGAUGUUUCCACUUCACAAUAACAUCACUUUUAGGGGUGUCCACAUACUUCUGUAUAUAUAGUGUACUUAUAAUUCCUGGAGAUAUCAGGAGUCCUCUAGCUAUAGAAUGAAGCACCUAUUGGCUUAUUCAGUCAUUUGGCCAGAAUACAUUUGGAUCAGGUGUAGAAUCGCUCAGUUGUGGAGGUUGGUAAAUGUCUCUCCUUUUAUCAGUUUGAUCCGCUUUGCAUAUUUAGUCUGGUUUAUCUGGUGUGUUGUUAUGCGCGACCAUAGCUAGGAUUCCAUCCAAUUGGCAACAGAUUUUCAUGCAAAUAUUCUACAAUCUCUAUAAAAUAAUAUGCAAAUUUUUCCACCAGAGAUGUGUCCAUCAAACUGACUGGAUGACAUGGUGUACAUAAAAAAACUUUUGUGGUUCCCAUUCCCAUAAAAAAUACAAGUUAAAUGGGUUUCCAUCACAUUUUGAACUGUACCAAUGGUUUUGUCACAAAAACGGUUUAAUUAUAUAGCAAAUGUUCCCUGUCUGGUCUUGGCACGUACGCUCUAGCCAACAGCUCACAGAUACAUUGCGGGAAGGCUACCUAUAGUGCAUUCGGAAAGUAUUCAGACCCUUUGACUUUAACCACAUUUUGUUGUGUUACAGCCUUAUUAAAAAAUGGAUUAAAUAAAAAAAAUUCCCCUCAUCAAUCUACACACAAUACCCCAUAAUGACGAAGCGAAAACAGGUUUUUAGAGAUGUUUGCACCUUUAUUAAAAAUCAAAAGCAGAAAUACCUUAUUUACAUAAGUAUUCAGACCCUUUGCUAUGAGACUCGAAAUUGAGCUCAGGUGCAUCCUGUUUCCAUUGAUCAUCCUUGAGAUGCUUCUACAACUUGAUUGGAGUCCACCUGUGGUAAAUUCAAUUGAUUGGACAUGAUUUGGAAAGGCACGCACCUGUCUAUAUAAGGUCCCACAGUUGACAGUGCAUGACAGAGCAAAAACCAAGCCAUGAGGUCGAAGGAAUUGUCCGUAGAGAUCCAAGAGAGCAUUGUGUCGAGGCACAGAUCUGGGGAAGGGUACCAAAACAUUUCUACAGCAUUGAAGGUCCCCAAGAACACAUUGGCCUCCAUCAUUCUUAAAUGAAAGAGUUUGUAACCACCAAGACUCUUCCUAGAGCUGGCCGCCCGGCAAACUGAGCAAUCGGGGGAGAAGGGCCUUAGUCAGGGAGGUGACCAAGAACCCGAUGGUCACUCUGACAGAGUUCCUCUGUGGAGAUGGGAGAACCUUCCAGAACAACAACCAUCUUUGCAGUACUCUACCAAUCAGGCCUUUAUGGUAGAGUGGCCAGACAAAAGCCACUCCUCAGUAAAAGGCACAUGACAGCGUGCUUGGAGUUUGCCAAAAGGCAACUAAAGGACUCUCAGACCAUGAGAAACAGAAUUCUCUGGUCUGAUGAAACCAAGAUUGAACUCUUUGGCCUGAAUGCCAAGCGUCACGUCUGGAGGAAACCUGGCACCAUCCCUACGGUGAAGCAUGGUGGUGGCAACAUCAUGCUAUGGGGAUGUUUUUCAGCUGCAGGGACUGGGAGAUUAGUCAGGAUCGAGGGAAAGAUUAAUUAAGCAAAGUACAGAGAGAUCCUUGAUGAAAGCCUGCUCCAGAGCGCUCAGGACCUCAGACUGGGGCGAAGGUUCACCUUCCAACAGGACAACGACCCUAAGCACACAGCCAAGACAACAUAGGAGUGGCUUCAGGACAAGUCUCUGAAUGUCCUUGUGUGGCCCAGCCAGAGCCCGGACUUGAACUCGAUUGAACAUCUCUGGAGAGACCUGAAAAUAGCUGUGCAGCGACGCUCCCCAUCCAACCUGAUAGAGCUUGAGAGGAUCUGCAGAGAAGAAUGGGAGAAACUCCCCAAAUACAGGUGUGCCAAGCUUGUAGCGUGAUACCCAAAAAGACUUGAGGCUGUAAACGCUGCCAAAGUACUGCGUAAAGGGUCUGAAUACUUAUGUAAAUGUGAUAUUUCCGUUAUUUUUAAUAAAUUUGUCAACAUUUCAAAAAAACUGUUUUUGCUUUGGUAUUGUGUGUAGAUUUGAGGGGGGAAAAAACAAGUUCAUCCAUUUUAGAAUAAGGCUGUAAUGUAACAAAAUGUGUAAAAGGUCAAGGGGUGUGAAUACAUUCCGAAUAUACUGUACAUGAGAUUAUUAUAGAUGAGAGCGAGAUUCUUUUUAUUUGUCAAACAGCAGCCAAGCAUCUAUCGUCAUCUCACCAGAAUAAGACCCUCAAUAUUUAUUGGAAAGGACCAUUAAGCUCAUUAUUGUGCAAUUUCAUCAUAACUUAUUUCAUCUGUAGUCUAAUAAACUGCAUGCUUUCCCGAGUCGUAGUGGGAGGACCACACAACAUAUCAUCACGUGACUCCAAGUUUACUUCAAUAUGAUGGUUAUUAUAUCAGUAUUUGCGCAUAAUGGCGUUUCCACCACCAUUUCUCGCAUAAUUCAUUUAAAAAUGGUUGUAUGGAAACCUGGUUACUGUCAUUAAAUUAUUAUGCUGCCCAACAGGUUUCUCCCCUUUUUGUCAGUGAAGUUCUGGGAUCAAGAAUCCACAGAGCCAGGAAGAGAUGGAGGAAGGUAUGACUUGUUUUUCUUAUACCAUAAUAUAAGUUGUAAACAGGAGAAUGGUGAACUUUAUCACCUGUUUUUUUUAAGCUGCUUAGUUGGUCUGGUAAUGCUUAGGUGCAUGGCACAUUUCGUCAGUAGUAUCUGAUGAUACACAUUAUUAUUCUGCAGUUGUAUAGUAUUUUCAUUCAUUAUUAAGAUAUUUUAUACUCCCACAGAUUCCGGGAGCCUCGACAAGUCUGACCAAAUGACCCACGGUCAACCAACCUCUCAACAAUCCAUGUCUCCAAGUCAGUCAUUCCAGUGUAACCAUUGUGUCCUCCUCUUCAAAUCAAAAUAUUUCCUCCUUGAACACAUGAAGAAGGUGCAUGGCGUUGAUGUGGAUCCUUCACAAAGUGAAGGGAGUUCUACUCCCUCAGAGAGUUCCACACCACCUCACAGAAGCACUCUCUACAACAGUUCAGAGGAAGUUUUCUCUUGCCGUCAUUGUGUGUUUACGUCUUCCAGUUGGACAGUUAUUAUCAAACAUGAACGAACGUAUCACAAGGUGCUGGUAAGGGGUCCUGGUAAGGGUGGGACCUUAACACAGAAACAGUAUUUGAGGGGCAAGCUUCUCAAUGACAAAGUGUCACUGCCAGGUAAGAAGGACCACAAAAAUGUGUCAGUACUCCAACGCAAACAAGGGAACGUGGGGAGAGUGAAUUCCAAGUCUACCUUAAAAACCAUAAACAUUCAUAGCUCUAGCUUAUUGUUGAAGAACCUGCGAACUCAAGUGGGAUCCUCAGGAAAUUGUUCUAAAUUCAGAGUCGUAUCUGGAAGUUCAGCGCGUGGGUCAUCUUUAAAUUCCUUGAAACUGAAUGCGUCCAACCUCCCAAGGCCAUCACGUGCGCAUCAUGUGAACCUCAUGUCAGAUGCGCCUUUCCUUAUCUAUGACCAAGACAAUGGUAAAGGUGUCUCUAAAGUAACUGAAGAGAGAUUUCAUACAGAAAGUGUACAGAAGGGCUCUCACUGCUGCUCGCUCUGCAACUUCUCUGCGACUUGGUUGGAAGAUCUUCACACUCACCAGCGAAGUAAGCACAGUUACCUUUUUUACAGCAUGGGGUCAAGUCUGCUGGACAGAACGGUGACAGAACAGCGGACUCUCAAACCUGAAUCGUAUAAUGGAAUCUCACUGACAGAGCCAUUAGCUAAAACCACCAAGAAGAGGACGCGUGAUGACACCCCUUUAAGUCCUGCUAAGAAAAAUAUCAAAACAAGCCCUGAAAGUACAGUCAUCCAAAGUAAGGUAUCAGGGGGCACUGCUUUCACCUUUGAGGUUAGCGAGGAUGAAGAGGACGGGAAUGCCUGGAGAACUGAACUAGAUGCCUCAGGAAAUGAAAUGGAUGAGCAUGAUCAGUUGGCAAAUGGAGAAAGCAGGGACAUCCCAAAAAUACUUUAUCGUUGCAAACACUGUGACUACAGUCACAAGUCAUCUCGCAGUGUGAGCACCCAUUACCAGAGAAUGCACCCUUACAUCAGAUAUGACUCUCAGUACAUCAUGAAUCCAGAUGAUUGGACUGCCACCUUCCGUUGCUUGGAGUGUCCUGUUGAUUUUGCCGCCCUUGAUGACCUUAAGAAGCACUAUAAGGAUCAUCACCCAGAAGCUCCAAAUGUGUUCAUGAUGCGAUCAGAUCAGCUUGAUUUGGUGUACAAGUGCUUUGCCUGCCCAUUCACCAUUUCUAAUGGCAAAUACUUGAAACCUCAUUACAAAAACAAGCAUCCAAAACUGAAAAUGAGCAAUCCCUUAAUGUACUGCAAUUUUACUACCAAGCCCUCUGAAAAUGAACCCUCUAAAUCGCAACAUUUAGGGCAAACCUCCAGUCUAAAGAAUGCAGAGGUUGUCUCUCCUGAGAGGUCUCUGACCCCAUGUAAAGAAACUGUUAAUAUCACCCCUACAUCCCCAAAAGCAUGUUCUGCUUCCAUGGGAGUGGAUGAGGAACUGUACCACUGCAAAUAUUGUGUAUACAGCAAUAAGUCAGUGGAUGUCAUGCUUGUCCACUACCAAAAAAAACACCCGAAGGCAAAAUUGAUAAUUAACAGCAUAAAACAAGCAUCUCUUGCCACUUCUAGGAAACCUAAGGACGAAACACAGGUGCCUCCUCAAAAGAUGGUUUUGGAGCCAUUCAAACUCCCAGAAGUUAAGUCCACCAACAUUUCCCUCUCCAGACCCGAUGUUGCACAGGAAGAUGCAGAGAACAUGUUUUUCUGCCAGCAUUGCAACUAUGGCAACCUCACAGUGAGGGGGGUGUUGAAUCACCAAAGGUCAAGACACCGUGAUCUCAAGGCUUCUGUUGAGCAGAUACACCUCCAUACUGCUGAGGUUCGUAGUCAAAGCAAAACGUCACAGGGCAUAGGAAUAGUCUCACCUAGCACUCCCCUCCAAAACUAUGUUGCCCAGGAAGACAUUUUAAAGCCAUUCAAACUUCCAGAAGUGAAGUCUUCUAACACAUUCCCUCCCAUAUCCGAUGUUUCGCAGGCAGAUGUUGAGAGUCCAUAUUUCUGCCAGUUUUGUGACUAUUGCAACCCCACAGUGAGAGGCAUUAUGAAUCAUCAGAAGUUAAGACACAGGACUCGUAAGUCAACUGCUGAAAGGAUCAUUAAACAUACUGCUGUGAUUUGUAGCAGCCCCAAUGUGAGAGGUGGUUUGAAUCAUCAGAAGUCCUCACACAGUCAUCUCAAGGUGACUGAUGAUAAUGUCAUCAAGCAUACUGCUGAGGUUCAUGGUCAAUGUGAAAAGCCUCAGUUUACUGAAUUUGACUCCUCUUUCAAAUCCACUGUUGAGAAUGAGGUAGCUGACUUGUUUUUCUGCCAGUUUUGCAACUAUGGAGAUCCCUCAAUGAGAGGAAUUUUUAAUCAUCAGAAGAGAAGACACGGUCAACUCGAAACAACUCCUGAUGACAUCUUCAGGCAUACUGCUGAGGUUCGAGGGCUAACGAAAACAUCAACAGAGUCUAAAAGAGUCAACUCAACUAACUCUUCUCGCAUCUUAUCUCUUCCUCUUGUGACGGAAGAGGCUGUGUUAUUCUGUCAGCUUUGCAACUAUAGCAAUUCAACCAUGAGUGGGGUUAUGGAUCAUCAAAGGAAAAGACAUCCUGAUCUUAAGGCAACUCAUAAACAAAUCCUUGAAUAUACUGCUGCUAUGAUUUUGGCCCAAACUGGCAAAUCACCUAACUCAUUCUUCUUAACAUCUGAUGUUUUCCAAGAAGAAUUAGAGAAGUUCUUCUGCCAAUAUUGUGAUUAUAGCAAUUCUACAGUAAGGGAGAUUUUGAAUCAUCAAAAUAAAAUGCAUGGUGAUCUCGAAACAAACGCUGCGCAGAUCUUAAGGCAUACUGUUGUGGUUCAAGGGCAAACCAAACAAUCUCAAUCAAAAGCAGUCCACUCACCCAACUCUCCUCCUAUCUUGUCUCAUCCUCUUUUGAAGGACGAGGUUGAAGACAUGUUUUUCUGUCAGUUUUGCAACUAUAGCAAUACAACAGUGAUUGGGGUUUUGAAUCAUCAAAGGAAAAGACACCUUGAUAUGACACUAACUGCUAAGCAAAUCCUUGAAUAUACUGCUACGGUUAUGGGCAAAAUGGGCAAAUCCCAGCCAGUACGAGAAGACUCCCUUAACUCAUCCCAAGAAGAAGAGGGGAAGUUGUUUUACUGCCAGCAUUGUGACUAUGACAAUCCCACAGUUAGGGAGAUCUUGAAUCAUCAAAAUAAAAUGCAUGGUGAUCUCGAAACAAACGCUGCGCAGAUCUUAAGGCAUACUGUUGUGGUUCAAGGGCAAACCAAACAAUCUCAAUCAAAAGCAGUCCACUCACCCAACUCUCCUCCUAUCUUGUCUCAUCCUCUUUUGAAGGACGAGGUUGAAGACAUGUUUUUCUGUCAGUUUUGCAACUAUAGCAAUACAACAGUGAUUGGGGUUUUGAAUCAUCAAAGGAAAAGACACCUUGAUAUGAAACUAACUGCUAAGCAAAUCCUUGAAUAUACUGCUACGUUUAUGGGCAAAAUGGGCAAAUCCCAGCCAGUACGAGAAGACUCCCUUAACUCAUCCCAAGAAGAAGAGGGGAAGUUGUUUUACUGCCAGCAUUGUGACUAUGACAAUCCCACAGUUAGGGGGGUUUUGAAUCAUCAGAAAUUAAGACAUAGUGAUCUGCCAGCAACUGCGGAUCAAGUUGUCCGGUAUACUGCCAUUGUUCGCAGCUCAAAUAAAAAAUCAAUAACCCAACAACCUAACAAGUCCUCCAUGAAAGCCUCACAAUCUCGCACGCAGAAAGCUGCUCCGCUCAGGUCCUUAAAGUGCCGCAAAUGCUCUUAUAUAACUCCCCAUAUAUAUAUUUUGAAAAGGCAUCUGAGGAAUAACCACCAAGAGAAAGCCCCAAUCACAACAAUUAUACGUUGGGCUUACCAAGAUGGCCAUUUACAAGCAGGUUAUCACUGCGAGUGGUGUGUUUGUUCACACACUGAAGCGAAGGGACUUCUCCGGCACUACCGGCAACGUCAUCCAGAUAGAAAUACUGGACUUGAGUCCAUCAUCCUGAGGUUACAUGCCGGCCCUAAGACUUCUCGAUCUAAAAAAACUAAGCCUAACCCAGAGCGCAAUGUUAAACAUGAAAAUAUUACCCUCAGGUUUGGGGAAGUUCCGAAGACCUCCCCAUCAUUUCAGUCCGUGGAAGGUGACACAAAAGUCUAUCCAUGCCGAGCGUGUUCCUUUAAGGCUACUUCAGUGGGGGGUAUCAGCAGCCACUACCGUGUAGUUCAUCCAUGGUCUGUCAAGGAAGAUGGGUCUGUGUUAGAUGUCAUUAGUAGUAGGCAGACCCAAGAACAAGUGGUCCAUAAACAGCUUGAUGUUCAUGAAACCUCGAGGUCAAGCGAGACAUAUAGGUGCCCUGUCUGUUCAGGAGAGUUCAACACCCGCCAUGGUAUGUUAACUCAUUGUGGAAAGAAACAUCCGGAAUAUGAUACAUCAACUUAUGAAAAGGAACCUGAACCUAGUACAGAUGAUGGGACUCUGAUAUUCAAGUGUUCAAUCUGUCCGUAUGUGAACUCUCGCCCUCAUGGUGUUCUAACUCACUGCCAGAUGAGGCAUCCAGCCAUCAAAGCCAGAACUGAGAGACUUGAACAAGAAAUUGUACACUUCAGUGACCCAGAUGAAUGUGUGAAAGUCCGAUCGGGUAAGAGGGUGGGAUUGGCAGGCUUCCGGUGCAAUAUGUGUCCAGUCAUCCAUGCAAAAUUCAAGAAGUUGAAAGCUCACUAUGAGAUGGAUCACAAACGAUCUGCCUUCAAUAUGUUCAAACCGGCCUUGAAACAAUCCGCUGCCAUUAAAAAACAACUGCUCUCCAAAUACAGAGGCUCCCAGACCUCAAUUGCCAUUUUAAAAAAUAGGAAAUCCAUCAUAUUCAAGUGCCACCUUUGCAAGUACUUUUGCACCACUAAAAAGGGUCAUGCCCGCCAUCUUCGCAUUAACCACAGUACAGUGGCUCCAAUUGAGGACAAAGAGUUUUCCUACAAGUGUGCACUGUGCUCGUAUACAACUUUGAUUUGUAAGUACCUUGCAGCCCACUAUAGGAGGCAACAUGGCAAUGCUGCUUUCAACAACCACUUCGUUCCAGCAUUCAGACCUCACCGCAUUCCUCUAACCUCACCAGACCAUAAGGCUUCUUUGAGUCAGGAAACCAGAUCACCUGGUGAGAAGAUAAACUGUUCUCGCUGUUUUUUCCAAUGUCUUAAUGAAAAAGGCAUGGUUUCCCAUUAUGUGAUUUGCCAUCCAGGAGUCUCUCACAGCAUGCACAAAUCUAGCGAACUCAACCUGAAUAACACAAUGCACUCUCCCCCCAAGCCCAGAAAUCGUCACCGGCAACAGAAACCUGUCUGCAAAUUAUUUGAUCCACAAUGUGAGAAAGGCAGUGCAUUGCGUCCAGUUAAAUGCAAGAAAUGUGUGGAAUUAUUCUUCAACUCAAAUCUCCUGCUAAGUAUACACUACACCAAUUUCCACAACGAAGAUUUCAAACAGGACUUCACUAUACUUUCAAAGACUUCAGAGAAUGGCACAGAGGUCUACAGAUGUGGAUACUGUAACCUCCAAAUCCAGGGCAGUGCAGACCUUGGCUCCCACCUCGACCAUCAUAAUGAGGAGUUUCAGAAGCUGGAAGAUGGACAGAAGAGUAAACAACACCUUAGUGAGCCGCCACUAAAGACCAAGUCUGUUACGGUAAGUGGCACAUAAUGCAGUAAAGUGCAAACCUAUGGGCUUGUGAUUGUUUGACAGAUGGUAGUACUGUACAACAUUGGAAAAAUACAUCUGUGUUUUCCCAUAUGUAGCCUAUGUGAUUCUCAACCUUAAUAAUUUAUUUGUCUUUCAGCAUGAAAGACAAGAACUGCCCGAUGUUCUGAUGACAGAGGAAUCGAACAGUCAUUGGAUUGUGACAAAGGUGGAAUCUGUUGCAACAGGGAUGGGUCCACUGGUGUCCCCUUCCCCUGUCCCGUCGACAACAGAACCAGACGGGGGGUCAGCAGGAGAGGAGCGCAAGCACUGCGGGCAAACGUUCAUGUCUUUGAAAGGUUUACGCUCACAGGGGCGGAGCCAUGCAGCUACGGCAGCGCUCAAACGGCUGGACAACGUACCUCAUCAACACAAGCAGAUGUAAGAGGAUUGUAUAUUAACAUUUACAUCAGAGGAGAGUAUUGAUAGUAUGUGAUUUAUUUUAUUUUGUAAUGUUACCUUCUUAGGUACCACAAUACAACAUUAUUUCUUGUUUGUAUAUAAACCAUAAAGAUUUACUUAACCAUCUGAAUAAAUCAAUUUGUGAAAUGACUGCUUGUCUGCAAAUCUCCUAAGGUUUGACCGCCAUAUUAGACUUCGACCUGGGACCAUCAAACCCUUCCACUGUGGGCUCUGUCGGUACAGAACUACCAUCUUGAGCCUCUUGAAGAACCACCUGCUCAAAGUACAUGGCGGUGAGGCAACCUUACUAAUAUAGCACACUGUCACUAGCUGGCUACCACCCAGCUACUCAACCCUGCACCUUAGAGGCUGCUGCCCUAUAUACAUAGACAUGGAAUCACUGGCCACUUUAAUAAUGGAACACUAGUCACUUUAAUAAUGUUUACAUACUGCUUUACUCAUCUCAUAUGUAUAUACUAUAUUCUAUUCUACUGUAUUUAGUCAAUGCCACUCCGACAUUGCUCGUCCUAAUAUUUAUAUAUUUCUUAAUUCCAUUAUUUUACUUUUAGAUUUGUGUAUUGCUAUGUAUUGUUAGAUACUGCUGCACUGUUGGAGCUAGGGAGCAUUUCGCUACACCCGCAAUAACAUCUGCAAAAUAUGUGUAUGUGACCAAUAACAUUUGAUUUGUCAUGUCACCACAUUUUAAGUAUAUAUUUUUAAAAAAUCUAUGUUAAUUUGACAGAAUUUGAUACUGUAUAAAAUGUCAUUUGAAAUAGCAAAAGCCGUAGAAAACAUUUAAAACCUGUUUCCUUUUUGAAUCUGUCUUGCUGGAGUAGCUGAGUAUCCAUCCAAGAACCUCCCUUCCUCCGUGACCGGUAGCCAGGACAAGGAACACACCCUGAGGGCCAAUGAAAAGGCCCCUAACCUGCCAGAACCUCAGGAAAGCAAUCACAUGUCUGAUGAUUCUGAGGAAACAGACCUCACUGAAAGCAAGUGCUCCCCUUUACAUUCAUUGUUUGAAUUGUAAUGAUUAAACUUCAUGAUUAGAUUAGAACCUUUCCUAUAAAUGAUCAAAUGUGUUGUGCAGCAUACAGACAAGAAAAUCUAUAUUUUUGAAAAACUCAUAACGUCUUGCAUAUUGACCCCGCAAGAGUAUUUUGUCAUUAGCACACCUCCCCUACCUUUCUUUAAAUCAGAGAAGGCAUCUGUUGAGUAACAAUGUAAUGUGGUACUAAUAUCCAGUGUACUUUCCCUUACAGAAUCAGUGUACUUGGAGCCCCCAGAUGUCCAGCGGCAGCUCAACCACUACAGGCAGGUGGCUCAGGCCUCCAGACAUCCAGCCCAACAGGCCACCGCGACCACUCAAGAUGGCUUAUUCGUCUGUGAGUUUUGUAUCUACACCUCAACAUACAUCAAGAGUAUGCGCCGGCACUACAUAAAUCGGCACAAUGGGAAAAGGCUUGUGAGGUGCAAGGACUGCUCAUUUUUCACAGGCUUCAGGUAAUAUAUUAUUUUCAGUGGUAUAAUCUUCUCAAAUGCCAAUGUUUGCCUUUGCUGUGUCAUAGUUGGUGCUUUGUAUACACAUUCCUGCUAUGGAUAUCUAAAUAAUAUAAAAACUAAUUGAAGUGAUUGAACAAGUAGCACCUGUGACAACAAGGGUUGCUAAAUUAACUCCCUCUUUAAAUUAUGUACAUCACUUCUUGGUCAUAAUUCUUUCCAUCUAUUAAGCCUCAAUAUGCUGUAUUGCCAAAUUAGUGUACAUUUUUGUUCUCUGAAUGCUUACAUUAGGAAGAAGUUGGAUAUACACAUAGAGACGGCACAUGCCAGUAGCGCAACAGAAGCUCCUAAGGACCUACGCUGCCCUCUCUGUCUUUACCACACCAAAAACAAAAACUGCAUGAUCGACCACAUCAUCCUCCAUCGUGGUAGGUGUUCUUGUAGUAUUAAUACAAUAUAUGCCUUUAUGACUAUACAAAAGUAUGCUUUAUACAUCCAUGACACUCACUAGACACUUAAUGUGACUAGACACUUAAUGUGGCUGUCAACCAUUUAUUCUGUCAGAUACUUAUCAGUAUCUUACCAGACUUUAUGCUGCUGUUCCUGGUUUAUUACAUUUUUUUCCCAAACAGAGGAGCCGGUGGCCCCGAUAGAGGUGCGUCGUCCAAAGCUAUCGCGAUAUCUCCAGGGCCUUGUGUUCCGCUGCCACAAGUGCACCUUCACCAGUUCCAGUGACGAGAAGCUGCAUCUGCACAUGCUUAUUAAGCACGACGAUAUCAAGCCUUACAAAUGCCGACUGUGCUACUUUGACUUCACACAGCUGAGCGAGUUGGAGGCACACCUAUGCGAUAAGCACCAGGUUAGUGUUCUACCCUUAGGAUCUGAGAGGACUGCAUAGGUGUAAGCAAUAUGGUUGUGUAUCCACCUUUUCCUCUGAAAGACUAGGUGGAAUUUCUGUCAUACUGCUUACACCUGCACUCCCAUCAGAGCGACACAGUGCCUUGGUGAUCAGGGUUGUUUCUGGAUGAGCUUGUGUCUCUACACAUGGACAGUGGUUCUGUUGACAAAUAGCCCAUCAAAGGUCACAACUAGUCGUAUUCUUACACAUUGUUUUGCUAAUGUUAAUUCUGAAAGUCUUUUCUACAGUCAAGUCUUCUCCGUUGAGUCAUUUUUCCUUCUAUAUCUGAUGUAAAUAUGUCUUCUGACUUGUGGUGUUCUCUCUUGUAGGUCGUGAGGAACCAUGAGCUGGUGGGACAGGUCCAUCUGGAGGAACUGGAGACCAGACUGGGCAGAGGAAGGAAUGAGGAAGAACACAAGGAAGAAACAAAUAGACAUAGUGAGAAACAAGGGCUGGAGGAAGAGGGGGAGAACACUGACAAGCUAGGAAAUAAAGACCAGGAAGAAACUAACAACAGACAUAGUGAGAAGCGGCAGGUGCUGGAGGGGGAGAACAUAGAGAAGCUAGGAAACAAAGACCAGGAAGAAACUAACAACAGACAUAGUGAGAAGCGGCAGGUGCUGGAGGGGGAGAACAUAGAGAAGCUAGGAAACAAAGAAGAGAAAGACCAGGAAGAAACUAACAAAAGACAUGAAGAAACGCAUGGGCUUAAAGAAGGGGAUACCAUUGAGGAAAAAGUGUUGGAGGAAAAUGGGGAGAACAUUGCCAAACAAAAUUAUGAAUUUCAAGGACAUGAGAACAAAGGGAACGUAGAAGAAAAAUCCAUGGACUGUGAGGAGAACCAAGGGCAACAAGAUGAGGUGAACAAAGAUGGAGAUAAUGAGGUAUCAGAGAACACUGCCCAAAACAGUGAAUUCCAUGAGAGCCAUGAUUUUAGUUAUGAGGAGAACAAGGAGGAACAAUAUGAGGAAUGCCAUGAGAAGUUCAAGAAUGAGGACAUGGAGAUGGUAGAGGAACAAUUUAUGGACUGUCAUGAGAUGCCAGUGCUUGAAAAUGAAGAGGGCAAAGAGGAAACACACAGUAAUCAUAGUGAGAAACAGGAACAUGAGGAGGAGGUGAAGAAUGACAGUCUGAAACCUGAGUGCAAUACAAAACAGAAGCAAGGGCCUGUAGAAGACAACCCCAUGAGUGAAGAGAAGCAAGAUCAUGAGAUGGAGGAAAAUGACAACACAUCUGCCCCAAAAGGUAUGUACAUUUUGACAUGAUGAAACUAUUGACAUCCAAUUGAUCAAACUGUUUCUGGUUCCAUGUUAGGUGUUUAACUCUGCUACGUAUUCUAUUACCAUUCCUAUUCUAUGCCUCCACUACCCUGAGUAUAGAUGCCUCCACUACCCUGAGUAUAGAUGCCUCCACUACCCUGAGGAUAAUUCCAUCGACCAGAAAUGAAAAUGCACUUUCAUGCGAGCUCUGUGGCCGAACUCUCAUGAACAGCACUGACCUGGAACGACAUGUGAUGCGCCAUGGCUGGUAA